UUUUGGUCUCAUGAUCAGAGGACGUUCUUCUACAUGUUUGCUGUGGUCACUACAUGGCCUAUAGCAAGCUGCAAACAGGACUUCUUAUACAUUUCUUUUAACAAUAACUUGUUUUUCUUGCAAUGCUUCCAUGAAGGCCAUGUUUGAGGAGCUUAAAUUACUUCAGCAGGAAAUGGUUGCUCUACAAUGCAAACUCUACAGAGAUAACAACGGGGACUUAAUUUUCCAGGCGACUACGAUGAGGCAGCUCACUGACAGAAUGAACAUCACACCCACACAGAAGACUCCCGAUGCUCUUGUAGGCAGCCAAACUUCACCAGGUAUCAGAACGCCUCCCUGGAGUGGCCGCAUAUGUCUCCCCCUGCUCUUUGAGAAUAAUAGGGUGUUACGGGUACAUGUACAUGAGGUCAACAUGCUGCCGGAUGAAGUAGUGGAUGAGCUCGACAAGGCCUUUGGCAGGUUCCCCUAUCUGACCCACAAACAGACUGCUGCCUUAGGGCAGCGCUGCUCCCUGCAUCCGGACCAGGUAAAGGUUUGGUUUAUGGCACAGAGGCUCCACUAUGGCAUUAGCUGGGACUAUAAGGACAUCAGUGAGAUCUGGAACCAGUUGAAAUCCAACCAUGAAGACAACGAAGAAGAUGAGGAGUUCCAAGACAGGAACGUAAAAGAUGAAGAAGUGAAGAACAAGAAUCAGAAGGACGCCGAUAAAGAGUGUGGUGGAAAGAAACAGAAUGCAGAAGUGGUGCCAUCUUUGAAUUCUAAUAUGGAGCAGGAGCAACCAAUGAAAAAGGAAACAUUUAGAAAAGGGGAAGAAGACGCAGCCUCCGCGCCACUAGAGCAGAAAAGAAGAUUGGUUAGAUCUAAGAGGGGAAAGAAAAGAAUGAAACAAGAUGAGAGGAUCACCAAUCAAGCAGAAAAAUCAGGAGCAAAACUGAAAACAAUUGAGGAUGAGGAGGAAACCUCCAGCACAUGUGAAGGAGCGGUUCUCACCAAGAAAAUAAGAGCAAAAAUGAAACCAAUCUCCAGCUCAGUAAAAACUUCCCACGGGAAUCUUCUCGCUGUGAAAAGCAGCUUUGAGGAGAAAAUUGAAGCAUUGGCUGAUCUUGAGGAACCUCUGUCUGCUAAAGUAGCAAAACAAAAUAAUGUGGUCACUGAUGUAGAGGAACUAAAGGAGAUUAAUAAAGCUGAAACCAACCUUCUUUCCUCAAACAGUCCAACUACUGGGACCAGUCAGGAGGAGACUCACUCAGCAGAUGGAGCAGCUCUGGGCACUCAAGCCAGAGUGAAGACAAAGUCUCAGCUCUUCAUGCUAAGGAGCAUCUUCCUGGAGUUCCAGUACCCAGAUUCUGAGCAGUAUAGCUUGCUGUCAAGGCUGGUCGGCAUCCAUUUGGUGCAAUGGUUCGGGGACCACCGCUAUGUUGUUAAAAAAUCAAAGCCUUGCUGGAUGACAGAGGAACAACACAAUAAGGUGCUGGCCAACAUCAAGUACCAGCAACACAAAAACCUCCUGUCAAGAGGACGACCGAAGACGGUGGCUGCAGGGCCUGGAUUAUGAAGCUGGAUGAGGAGCCUCCAGAGUAGCAACUCAUUCUUCUGUUAACAUGUGGGGACAGUUUGUUCUGUUGGGAUUUACUGAAGCGUUUCAGAAAAGGAUUUUUAUAAGGUUCUCUAGACCUUUGUUUUGUUCUUUUUCCUAUUCAAUUUUUGCACUCCUCUGUUUGUUCAUGUUAAAUAUUCUUAUUUGCAGCUCAAAUACAAUUUUACAUCAGUGAGCUUGUUUGUGCUCUACAGAUUU